CCUCAAUGUACAUGAACUGAUACAAUGUGGACAGUUAUUGUGCGGGUUAGUGAAACAUCUGGUGAAGUUGUUAGUGUUUGUGGUCAAAUGUGGUAGUGAAGUACCGUACUCUAAAACAGACCUGCCGCUAUCCUAUGGGAGCGAGGAGAUAAUAACCCAAACUUAAUUUUCUUUUGGAACCAUGCAAAAAGAAAAGAAACUACACCGACAAUGGAUUGCGGCAAUAAUAGCGACGAUCGGUCUGUUCAUGAUGGGGAUGAACCUUGGCUGGCCUUCACCAACACUGCAGCUUAUGAGGAAGCCGGACGCCGAAGUUCACCUUACAGAAGACCAGAUAUCCUGGAUGGUCUCCGUCCUCUACAUAGGCUCCACCCUGAGUCCCGUGCCCACCGGGUGGCUCAUGAACUGUCUAGGUCGUCGCCUCACACUCAUGAUCCUCACCUCAGUCGCCUUGGCCUCAUGGAUCAUACUCGCCACAGUCAAGAGCCCCAUGGGUGUCUACAUCGCUAGGUUCCUUGGCGGUAUGUGGGGAGGCAGUGCUUACACCGUGGCUCCUAUCUACCUGUGUGAGAUAGCAGAACCAGAAGUACGCGGGGCUCUCAACACACUCUUCAUUCUGAUGGCCUACGUGGGCAUCAUGUUCGAGUAUUGUAUAGGUCCCAGAGUGUCCUAUACAGAGCUCAGCAUGAUCUCAGCAUGUAUCCCCGUCACGUUUGUCAUGUUGCUGUUGUGGGUCCCAGAGUCUCCGUACUUCUACCUCAUGAAGGGCAACAGGAAGAAGGCGGGGAAGGCGCUGGCAUGGCUGCGUUGUGCCGAGUCACCGAGUGAGGUAGAAAACGACCUGUCGGUGAUCGAGAAGGCGGUGAUCGCUGACAUGCAGAACAAAGGUCGUCUGAAGGACCUGGUGUCCACGGCUGGCAACCGCAAGGCGCUGCUGAUAGCUGAGAUGCUGGCCGUGCUGCAGCGCAUGUCUGGUAUCAGCGUGGUGAUGGCGUAUGCCUCAGCAGCGAUCCCGCAGACUGGCGGCUUCACAUCCAACGACUGCGCCGUAAUCCUGUGCUUCAUCUGGAUCGUGUUCGGGCUGUUCUCCACAGUUCUGGUCAACUGGGCUGGUCGCAGAACCCUACUGGCCGUAUCCUGUCUCGGGUGCGCCCUUGGGAACGCCAUGAUCGCUGGAUGGUUCUUCCUGGACACUAACACCACCUUCGACGCAAUGAGCAUCGCUUGGUUCCAGAUGCUCAGCUUCUCCGUCUACGGGGCGUUCUUUCCUAUAGGACUGGGCUGUGUUCCGAACAUGAUCCAGGGAGAGAUGUUCCCAGCCAACACCCGCGGACUCGCCUCUGGUGUCACCUCCACUGUCAUCUCCCUCACGUCCUUCAUCACCAACAAGAUGUACUUCAGCUUCGGCGAGAGUGUCGGUCUCUACCUCAACUACGCCAUCUUCAGCGUCAGCUGCGUCUUCGGCGUCUACUUCUCCCUCGCGGUCGUCAUAGAAACCAAGGACAGGACGUUGGAAGACAUCCAGUUCGAGCUGGUCGAGCACACGGCGAGACAAAAGGCGAAGAAACUGGGAGGAGCGGAACUGGGUGACACGACGAUUGGAAAGUCGUGAAUAACGUAAACCAAUAUUUUACAUACCAAAGAAAUAAAACAGCGGUUACUGUUUCGCCAACAGUUAACCUUUAAGUCAAUUUGAAAAAAUAUCUGUAAACAUGUUAUUUUAUGCAAUUUACUAUCAAACAAACUUCUGGUUCCUACCAAUGUAGUUCCUAUAGUUAAUCAAUUGUACUUACAAACUAGUAGUACAGUAUUAUGUUCGUAGUGAUGUUAACUUAUUUUGUUAAGCUGACAAAAAUUCUCUAAUUAAAAUUCAUACUAUGAGUAAGGUGUAAAGACAGUAAACAACCGUACCAACUAUGUUACUUUCCUGGACCAAAGUUGUGUAAAUAUUCUACAAGAAAGAAAGGUUUAGAGGACAAUAAAACUGUACAACCCUUGUGAUCUAGCUGUAGUUUCUGGAGCUUUAUAGUUGCUUCCAACUUCUAUUGUAUGUACUUGUCUGUGAUAAAUGUAUGUUUAGUUG